AUGGCAACCUCCACCGCCCACCGCCGCCUCCUCCAAGAAUACCGCGCCCUAACCAACAACCCCCCCGAAGGCAUCACCGCCGGCCCCGUAACAGAAGACGACCUCCUCCACUGGGAAGCGCUAAUCCAAGGCCCCGAAGGAACCCCCUUCGAAGGAGGUGUCUUUGCCGCCGAGUUAAAAUUUCCGAGGGAUUACCCCCUCGCGCCACCAACGAUGAAAUUUCUUUGUGAUGUUUGGCAUCCUAAUGUCUACCCCUCCGGCAUGGUCUGCAUCUCAAUCCUGCACCCCCCCGGCGACGACCCGAACCACUACGAGCACGCGAGCGAGCGCUGGUCCCCGAUCCAGAGCGUGGAAAAGAUCUUGAUUAGCGUCAUGAGCAUGCUUGCUGAGCCGAACGAUGAGAGCCCGGCGAAUGUGGAGGCUGCGAAGAUGUGGAGGGAGAGGAGGGGGGAGUAUGAAGAGAGGGUGAGGGAGGGGGUGAGGAAGAGUUUGGGGUUGUGA